AUGCAAGGGUCCGGUGGAAUAGGCCCAGGCACGACGAUCAACCUUUUCGAAAUUAAUCUAAAGACCGGUGCAAGACUCUCCGAGGAGAAAAUCAUCUGGCGCGGCACUGGCGACAUUUACCCCGAGGGACCGCACUUGUAUAAGCACAAGGGCUGGUAUUACUUGCUCAUCGCGGAGGGCGGAACCCAUGGCGGGCAUAUGGUGACAAUGGCACGCUCUCAAAACGUAUUUGGCCCAUAUGACUCCUGUCCAAACAACCCCGUCCUCACAGCGCGUGACACUCAAGAGUAUAUCCAGUAUACGGGUCACUGUGAGCUGUUCAAGGACGAAAAGGCCCAAUGGUGGGGAGUCUGCCUCGGGGGCCGCCUAGACACCCAAGGGAGAUGCCCCAUGGGGCGCGAGACCUUCUUGACCCGGGUAGACUGGGAUGGCGAAUGGCCCGUCUUUGAUCAGGUGGAAUUGAAUCCCCGUGGCCUUUUAGCAACCCGUUCGAGCCCACGCCUCACGGCAGAAGGUGGACUGGACUACCUCUACAUUCGAGAUGCUAUCAUGAGCAAUUAUCGGCUCGAGAAUGACCAUUCAUCCCUGACAUUGACCGCGUCAUCGGUCGAUCUGUCUCACCCAGCAGACAGUCCGACCUUCAUCGGCAAGCGACAACGGAAAUUAGCUGGUACGAGCUCUGUGGUCCUUAAGGGAAUUGAAGAUUCCUGGAGCUCUGCAAAGAUCAAGGCUGGGCUCGCCUGUUACAAGGAAGAGCACCGCUUCUCACGGAUCUACUACGAUGCUGAUCAGCAGGCGGUGGUUCUCGAACUGGUCAAUGCUGCUAAGAAGAUUGUUCGAACUGAGAAACACACACUUGGGGAAGCUCCUUGCUCACUGCUUUUCCGGAUAGAGUACACAGAGAAACAAUACUCCCUGCUUUAUUCAUUCGAACCCCACGUGGGAAAUGACUGGACAUGCCUGGGGACGGUUGAUACUCUAGAUAUAACUGAUCCCGAUUUCACCGGCCCGAUUAUUGGUGUCUACGCUGUUGGCCAGAUGGAGGGCGUGCAAGUUCAGUUUGACGGCCUAAGUGUGGAAUAA